UACAUCAAGAUUCUCUGUGAUCUCACUAACUUAACCUCUUUCCUCGGCCUUUCGUUCUACACCACAUAAUAAACUCAUUCAAAGAAUCUCUCUCUCUCUCUCUUUCUCUUUUGGUGAGCACCGAUGGUUCAUAUGGGAAGCUGCAGUAAACAUGCUUCCAGUAUCCUCUUCUUGCUCAUGUUAAUCCUAUUCAUCAAUUAUAAGCAUUCAGAUGGUGCAGGUGGUGAUGAAUUGGAAAAGAGUAGUAGUAAAAUUGGUGAAUUAGUACCAAUAGGAGUGGGGAGAAGUGAAUUCAGGUUGGAAAUGGAUUAUAAGCAGCGAAGGAAGCUUGGUCCUUUUCAGGUAUGCUUGGGUUGCAAGUGCUGUGUGGUGGCCACUGAUCCAACCACCUGCUCAAACAUGCCAUGUUGUUUUGGCAUAGACUGUCAGCUUCCAAACAAGCCUUUUGGCGUCUGUGCUUUCGUCCCCAAGACCUGCAACUGUACCACUUGCAGCUAACACCCACUAUCCAUCAUAUGGUAUAUAUAUAUAUAUACUUACAUAUAUAUAUAUAUAUUAGUUGUACAUGUGGCAGACAGACACCAUAUGCUCAGAUUUCUAAUAAAAUAAGACCACUCUUGCCCUUCUAUAUAUCGUGCAUAAAAUAAUAUUAGUAAUCAGAUUAUUGUACUUUGUUUUUGCAGAGAAUAUAUGUGCAUUUUGAAUCCCAA